GUAUUUCGGUACAAGGUGUGGCUUUGUGGAGUUGUAUCAGUCUCUGUGGUAGACACAUUCCACGCAGAAAACAGUCUGUCUAGAGGCGGGAAAUCUGAGACAGACUCCCAUGCAGGUUUCAUUAUGUCGUCGCAGUGAAGUUUCCCCGCCCCUUCCUCCUGCGUCAGUCGAUACUUAUCAGGGCUGUGAUUGGCCAGUCUCAAGGAUUGUUCCCCUCCUAUUGGCUUGCGGAUCCGAUAAUCAUGGUCACUUUCAUGACUCGUGUGGGAGUUUCCUAGAGUUGGAGAUGGCAGAGAAAAGGCUUUUAUCAAGCGGAAUGAAGGUCUACAGUCUGUCGGAGUGUGAGUAACAGGGCAGAAGCAUGGAUGCUGCAUUCCUCGAUGGGAAUGGUGCUCACUCCAUCCUGAAGCGUUUCCCUCGAGCCAAUGGCUUCCUGGAGGAGUUGAGACAGGGGAACAUUGAGAGGGAGUGUGGUGAGGAGAGCUGCAGCUUCGAAGAGGCAAAUGAAGUGUUUGAGAACAAAGAGAGAACGAUGGAGUUUUGGAAAACUCGCAGCAUCUACACGGUGAGCAGCAACAGCGAGGGCCGCUCCGAGCGUGCCGACACCGUCUACAUGGUGGUUCCUCUGCUGGGCGUGGCCUUGCUCAUUAUCAUCGGCCUCUUUCUACUUUGGAGGUGUCAGCUUCAGAAGGCCACUCGUCGACGGCCCGCCUACACCCAGAACCGCUACUUGGCCAACAACCGCAGCACCCGCAGCCUGCCACGCAUUCUGGUUCAUCGGGAAGCCCACAGCGAGAACUUGCAGCAGGAGUCCAGCUCACAUCCCACUGUGGUAGUAAGUGGUGCUGAGAGAGGAGGAGGUUCUCUCUAUGUCCAGGACUCCUCCCAGUCAGUGGCCUCCCGGCUGUCCGGUGCCACACCGCCUCCGUCUUAUGAAGAGGUGACAGGACACCUGGAGAGCAGUGGUGAUGAGACCUCAGCGCCUUCAUACAGCGACCCUCCACCCAAAUAUGAGGAGAUCAUAAAGAAGAAAUGAAACAAAAAUAAUGGUGCCAUGUCUGAAGGAGGUCAAGGCCGGCAAAGGAGCAGUUGGUGCUGCAGGUUGUUGAAACCCAUAUUGUAAUUCACAUUAUUUCUGCACCGUAUAAUACCUUUGUUUCACUCAUGGGUGCAACCUAAAGCCAGUCACCACCAUGAUUAUGUGUGCCACUAAGGAUUAUUAUUUAUUGAUUACCAUAACAACACAUUCACCAGAUCAGACACUCAAUUUCUCUAGUCUUCAUUUUGCUUUGGCAAAAUUUGAAUGGCAAGACUUUGUCCCUGGUAAUGCCACAGCCGGUGCAACAAGGUGCAUGAAAAGGAGGCCCACUAAUCCGUCUCUGGCCCUUGUAGUGGGCUAGGAAAGUAGGCAGGUUUUUGUGCACAACUUGAGAUGGCACUGUGGGAUUGAAGCUCCAAGCUGCAGCAGUUUUACACUCGCUGAACAGUCACUGUGACAGUAAGGUUUCCUUGCCAACAGGCUGCCGCUGCUUAUGAUAUGACAGUGUGCAUAUAUUAUGGCUCUUUAGACUGUAUAUACUUAGCCAAAAGUCAAAGUAUUGACACUCCAAUCCAACGUUGUUUAGUUAGAUCUUCUAAUUGUUUUCUUUUGGUUUUGUAUCAUUUACAAGUUUGGUUUUCAGCUCAUUUCAACUUUACAGGAAAUACCCAAAUCAACAGCCAAUAGGGCUCAGCUGUAUCUUCUUAUGCCCUAUUCCACUUUAGAUCAUUCAACUGCAAACACGAAUAAGCUCAUUUACUUUGCCAAUAGUGGUGGACUAUCUGAAUUGUUGGAAGUUUUUAGACCACCUCCACACACCAGCUGUUCACUGCUGUAAGCGAAGAUCUCUGCAUUAUGCUUCCUGCUAACAAGCUCACUAUUUACUGAUCACAAUCUCCUCCAGCCAGACAGAUUCCCCUCAUGUGUUGUGUGGAUGGUUAUUUAGUUCUCAUGUACCUCAGACAGAACAGCCUGAAAUGAUGUUCCAUCAUUAAAAAAAAAAAAAAAAGAGACAGGCCCUGAAAGAGAGGAAAGAAAAACUGAUUUUCAUAAGUACUCAGUAAUCAUUGUGCUGUGCCGUAGAGAGGCAAGUUUAUUUGUCUUUACAUUGUCUAAAUACUUUUCAUACCUGCUACCCUACUAUGACCACCUGUCUUACCAUGUAGACCAAAGGUUUAUGGGGAGGGCGUUGUAUUAAUAAGUUAAACCAACCUUCACAAUUCUUGAAUAUUUGUUUAUAUUUAGUUUGUUUGUCUGGGUUAGGAUAUUCAUUCUAUUGCUGAAACAAUUAUUUAACAACAGUUUUGAUCAUUUAUUUAUGAAAUAUGUAAUUCAUUAGGCAACAUUCCUAAACACACACAAACGCAUAUAUCACACAUGCACAAUCACAAUUAUGUGUAUGUAAUAUGUGUAUUUGAAUACAUGUACUGUCUGUGUGUAGAUAUACACAUACAUAUUUGUGCAUGCUCACAAAGAGCACAAUCAGCAGUCUCAGCUCUAUUCUCCCCAGUACAGUGAGUCAGUGUAGCACCUUUGUUGCAGUUUCUGAGUGGAUUGAACUGUGUUUAUGGUUUACUUUUUUCCAUGCUGCAGCUGGUGGAACAGUAUAGUUGUGUGGACACAAAAUACAAUCAAAGGGAAUAACUGUAAAUAAUAAUCUUACAUAAAUUGGAGACUCGGUCUAACAUCACUGGAAUGCUGUCGGACGUUUGGAACUGCACUGGGUAAACUUUACAUUUUUUUGCCUCUAAAUCGUAAAUAUAUAUACGUGUGUGAAGUACUUGUGGGAUUGAGACUGUUCAAGAACCAUGCCAGUUUUUUUUUUAGAUAAUUACAAAUAAUGUAUACUUUAUAUAUUGCUGACCUGUUGCCUUUAAUUAUUUUAAAAUCAAACAAAGACAUGACCCAAUCUUACCUGUUAAUAUAUGACUCACCUGACUAGCAGGGGCAGGCAAAAACUGUAUGUGCACAUGAAGGAAGUAACAAGACGGACACACUCACACCUCUUCCAAACCCUGUGUGUUAUUAUGCACAGGUGGAACAGCAUGGAUACAAAUUCAUUAUUUAAAUUAUUUUGUUUGUAUUUUGUUUCCAAAUAAUGGGUCCUAUAUUGUAGUAAAACUAUUUGUAAAUGUGUGUGGAGAAUUGGGUAACUUUAUCUUAAAACGUUGGGUAAUCAGAUUUGUAAAUGUGUAAAAGAAUCCCUUAAUGGGAGAGUUGUGAAUGUGGACAGGAAUCUGCAAAUAUGUAUUCAGAAUAUGUGUACGUGUUAAAAAAAAUCUCCAAAUCUGUAUUGAGCAUCGAGAUUUGUAAAUGUGUAGACAAAUCUGUAAAUGUGUACACAGAUAUUAAUAGCUGAAAGUCUAAAUACAUCAGACAAGUCAUCGGUCACUCAGGUCUUUUUUACAUGUGGCGGUUUGUCUGCACCGCUCCGCUCAAACUGUGCCUCAGUAGCUAUACAGCCUACAUACCACCAGGCAGCGUUAGCACCCAGUGAUUUAAACGUGACAAUAUGAACCCAGGUGAAACUAUACGUUUAGCUUUAUGUUACAAACCCUUACUUUUACACUUGAUUGUCAAGUAUUGAGUACAUGUUACCCUUAAAGUAGAAGAAGUUAAUUAUUCAACCUAGCGUGCAGUUGACCAUUUUGUUUUCAGUUAACCCUAAACUCUCGUCCACAGCAGAAUUGUAGCAAAAAUCCGAUGUAAAAAGACACAAUUGUGAGGCCUGUCAGAGUUGCAACUGAUGACUUGUCUGUCUUUCCAGCUUUUAGAGCAAAAUACUUAGAUUUGAACCAUUAAUAUAUAUGGACACUUUUACAGAUUUGUCUACACAUUUACAAAUCUCAAUACACUUGAAAAGCUGAAUACAGAUUUAGAGAUUUUUUUUUUUUUUUUACACAUUUACAAAUGUGAUUAUGCACAAAUGGAUUAUGAAUACACAUUUGCAGAUUCCUGUACACAUUUACAAAUCUCAGUACUCAUUUAGAGAUUAUUUUACACAUACAAAUCUGAUCACACACACACACAGAUGGAGACACCAUUAUACAACUUUCCACAUACAUUUGUAAAUAAUACUGCUACAAUAAUGGCCCCAUAAUGAGGCUACAUCAAAAUACUAGAACACCAGCAUGGUUUGCAAAAUGGUUAGCCAUGUUGAAAAGUAUACUGGAUUCAUUCCUGCUUUCCAAUAUUAUUUAUUUAUGUAAAAUGGAUGUGUGUGACUGAAACAAAUAAUAUUCUACAACAAGAUUAGUUGUGUUUGUGCUGUAUGAAGUCACAUGUUCAGUCUUCAAGUUGUGUUUAUAUUUUAGUUGCAUAUUAGUCGUGUUUUACCUCACUACAUCCGAUAAGUGCACUUACAGGUUUCCGCAAGUGGUUUAUUUUUGUAUUCUAUUCAAUUGUAUUUGCUGCCUCUCCUACAGCCUGCAACUCUUUCUCUUGGGCUUUUUACCACAUUCCAAAAAGAAAUAUCAAAUGUUUGAAAAUGAAUGAAUGAAUGAUUGAUUUAAUUAAACUGAAACUAAGUUUUCUUUUUUUUUCAAAAUGGAAA